AUGUAAAAAGAAAAUAGUGGGGUUUAUUCAAAUUAGCUUUAAGCUGGAGUUUUUAAUUCCCCACACACGAAGAUUGACUUAGUUUUUAAAAUAAUUUUAAUAGGACAGCAAAAUGUAGGCAAAUCUUCCAUUUUAAAUUAGUACGUAGAUAGAGAAUUUGCAGAACAUUAUAUGUCAACAAUAGGUGUAGAUUUUAGAUUAAAAACAAUUAAAACAAGUUCUGGUAAAAUAGUGAAGCUACAAAUUUGGGAUACUGCUGGAUAAGAAAGAUUUGCAGCUUUGACUAAUUCACAUUAUAAAGGAGCGCAUUCUUGCAUUUGUGUCUAUGAUAUAACUAAUCCUAAGAGCUUAGCAUCAGCAGAAUAAUAUUUAUAGACAACAAUUAACCAACAUGGGAUAGAUUCAGAUUUAAUUUAUCUGAUAGGCAACAAAUCAGAUUUAGAAGAUUAAAGGAAGAUUAGCGAAAAAGAAGGAAAAGAUUUAAGUUAUAAAUACGGAGUAAAUUUCUUAGAAACAAGUGCAAAAAAUUACUUAAAUAUAGAAGAGCUUUUUGAUUAGAUGGUUGAGCACUUAGUGAGUCUAAUUACUAACCCUCAAAUACCAAAAAAACUUUCAUAGUUAAAUAAUGUCAAAAUAACUAGCAAAGAUAUUAUGAUUAAAUAGUAAGAAGGUAAUAAUGAAGUUUAAAAGAAAGGCUGCUGUUGA